AUGGACUGUAACUGCGUCAGUGAUCUGCUGCUCCCCCCGGUGCCUGCACUGUGGUCCCCAGGGUUCGCCUUCCCCGACUGGGCCUACAAGCCCGAGUCAAGUCCGGGCUCCAGACAGAUCCAGCUGUGGCACUUCAUCCUGGAGCUGCUGCAGAAGGAGGAGUAUCAGGGGGUGAUCGCCUGGCAGGGGGACUACGGAGAGUUUGUCAUCAAGGACCCGGACGAGGUGGCCCGGCUGUGGGGGGCCAGGAAGUGCAAACCCCACAUGAACUAUGACAAGCUGAGCAGGGCUCUGAGGUAUUAUUACAACAAGCGCAUUUUGCACAAAACCAAAGGGAAACGUUUCACCUACAAGUUUAACUUCAGUAAGGUCGUGCUGGUGAACUACCCCAUCCUGGACAUGGCCAACUCUCCCUUCUUUCUGGCCCAGAAUCACUUCAAUGGGGGAACCACCGCACCCGACUGCACCCCCGAGGCCAUACAGUCGCUGUUUCCCCGCUUGCCAGACUCCGGCAGAGGAACUUCCCUGUUUGAUCGAGGGACCACAGCACCGGGGCCGGAGGGAGACAAGCUGCGGCUGGACACUUUCCCUUUCCUCAGUACAGGUGCCCCAUGCUACUCCAAACCCCCGUCCCUGCUGGGCCCGUACCCUCGCAACCCACCCUUUGACUACCCCUGGGGCUUCAACCCCUACCUCCCAGGGGCCUUCUCUCUCAAUAACUGCCCCAAACUGCCCCCUGGCUCCCUCUACCCCUCCCAGUUUUACCCCAACCCUUUGCAGAGCGGCCUAUCCCAGCUGCCUCACCCCUUCUCCUCCCUGCUCCCCCCUGGGGACGCAGCUGGGGGUGAAAGGGGAGCGGCAGGGCAAACCGGAGGGACAAACGGCACAGCGGGUGGUCAGGCAGUCAGACUCUGCCUGCCACCCUACCCGGGGAGCCUGACGCUGGGUCGGACGGACAUUGGCACCGGGGCAGCACUUGGUGAUCGGGCGGAGGCCAGUCCUCCAGGCUCCGGGCUGAGUCUGAGUCUGGGGCUGGGAGCGGUCGGGCUGGCAGCCGGACCUGGGGCAGACCGGCAGAGCCCCACGGAGAGGAGGGGUGGGCUGAAGCAGGACCCGGAGUCGGACUCAGACCUGGAGAUCACAGAUCUGAGCGACUGCAGCUCGGACAACGAAAACGAGCACGAGUUUGGCUUGAGGAAGGCAUCAGGCCUGGCGAGCCGGCCACAGAUCCUGUUGGAUGGAAAGAAAGGGAGCGCGCUGCCGGCGAUCACCUCUCUCCCCCCCCCGGUGUCACCGCGUCCUCUGAAGAGCCUGAUACCCGUCAGUCCCCCUCCGCCGUCCCUGGCUCGGUCACUUUCCCCUGCCUUGGCUCUGCAUGAAAGACACAGGGAGACAGAGACUCGCAAAAUGAUCCACAGCUAA